AAGAAGAAGAAGAAGAAGAAGAAGAGAUUAUGAAUGCUGAGACGCUCACUGAAGAGGCACUCAGAGGAACAAUUGUCGUACUAUUAAAGUCUGUAAGUGCAUUUGCGCGUCUUGUUUACCUUCUCGAUAUCUCUUGAUGUCUGAAGACGCUGAACGCCAACUUCCUGAAAACCUUACCCUGAAGUGAUGUCUCUCUCUCUCUCUCUCUCUCUCUCUCUCUCUCUCUCUCUCUCUCUCUCUCUCUCUCUCUCUCUCUGAAUGACGUCUCGCUCGGUGAAAAAAAAAGGGGGCUGAAAAACUCGUUGCACAGUGAAUCCCUCGCUGUGACUCAUUCAUUUUGUAUAAAUGCGACCGGUUGCGGAGACGGGAGAAAAAAGGAGCCGGGGCUUUAAUUAGCUGGAUUUCCUCUCAGUCUUCCCUGCAUUAUUAUUUAUUUUUUCUCUUCCAAGCUCGGUCGUUCUCUCUCUCUCUUUCUUUGUUUCUUUCUUUCUCUCUCUCUCUUUCUCUCUCUCUCUCUUUCGUGUGUGUGGAGAUGAUGUGCACCCCUGGGACACAGACCAGCACAGCCGACCGAGCCGUCGCUGCGCUCCCGCGGAGUUGGUUCGAGCAAGAAGAAGAGGAAGAAGGAGAAGAAAUGUCACCCACUUCUGCCGGUCCUAACAUCUAAGUAUUGAUUGAUUCCCGUGGCGAUUCCUCACUAAUCUCAGUGUAUGAUAUCUAUUGAUUUUAACGUGAAGAUAUGUCAGCUCCCAGCAGCGGAUUCACUGUUUUUUGUUUCGCUCCGCGCUUUGGAUUCGGCGUAAAUGGACAAAAUUAGGCCACUUCAUCCUCGCGGUGGAUGCUGAUCUUUUCUCUCGCAGAUAUUUAUAUAUAUGUAUGUUUCCCCCCCCCCCUGACUUAUUGGAUGUAGCCUCCCGUUUUCCAGGGGGAGCCGAGUUAACCGCCAUUCAACAAGCUGCACCGCUUCACUCCCCGGCAGCAGAGCGAUGGGCGCAGUUCGCCUGAGCCAUCCACCGCGUCUUGGUUCUCCGCCCGAGCUUGUUGAAUCUCCUCCCUGGUGACAAGAAAUGGGUUCGUUUUAACACAUCAACAAACAAAACUUCUCCACCCUCUCUGGCGCUAUAUUUGGCGGAUUACAGACACCCCCCCUCCCCCCCCCUCCCUCCCUUCCCAUCCUUCGCCCUUAAAAGUUGAUCAUGGCUCGUCCCGGUCCGAGCGUGAGGCUGAGCUCUCUAUGGAGGCUGGUUUGGCUCAUGAGGACUGUGGUGGAUUUGGCGCUGCCACAGGAGACUUACGCGCCGCACUCGAUACGGACUGAGGGGCUGCUGACCCUCGGCGGACUCUUCCCGGUGCACGCCAGAGGGGCCGACGGCACGGCGUGCGGGGACCUGAAGAAGGAGAACGGCAUCCAGCGGCUCGAGGCCAUGAUGUACGCGUUGGAUCAGAUCAACCAGGACGAGACGCUCCUGCCCAACAUCACCUUGGGCGCCCGGGUGCUGGACACUUGCUCGAGGGAUACCUACGCGCUGGAGCAGUCUUUAACUUUCGUCCAAGCCCUGAUCACGAAGGACACCUCCGACGUGAGGUGCACGAACGGGGAGCCGCCGGUGUUCGUCAAGCCCGAAAAAGUGGUGGGAGUCAUCGGCGCCUCGGCGAGUUCAGUAUCGAUCAUGGUUGCCAACAUCCUACGCCUCUUUCAGAUCCCGCAGAUCAGCUACGCGUCCACAGCCCCGGAGUUGAGUGACGACAGGCGCUACGACUUUUUCUCCCGGGUGGUUCCUCCAGACUCGUUCCAGGCCCAGGCCAUGGUGGACAUUAUCCGAGCCCUGGGCUGGUCUUAUGUCUCCACCAUUGCCUCGGAGGGCAGUUAUGGAGAAAAGGGAGUGGAGGCCUUCACACAGCUCUCCAAAGAAGCAGGUGGAAUCUGCAUCGCCCAGUCUUUGAAGAUUCCCCACAACCCCAAACUGGAGGAUUAUGACAAAGCCAUCCAACAGCUGUUGGAAACGCAGCACUCGCGGGCAGUCAUCAUCUUCGCCAGUGAGGAAGACAUACGGGGAGUUCUCAAUGCCACCAAGAGGGCCAAUCAGGUGGGCCAUUUCCUGUGGAUUGGAUCUGACAGCUGGGGGGCCAAGAGCAGCCCCAUCCACCAGCUCGAAGAGGUAGCGGUGGGAGCGGUAACCAUACUGCCCAAACGCUCCUCCAUUGAAGGGUUUGAUGAAUACUUUACUGCGCUCACCCUGGAGAACAAUCGCAGGAACGUGUGGUUUGCAGAGUUCUGGGAGGAAAACUUUGACUGCAGGCUCCUCAGUGCCUCGAAGAGAGAGGACACCAGCCGUAAAUGCACAGGCCAGGAGCGCAUUGGGAUCGACUCCAAGUACGAGCAGGAAGGGAAGGUGCAGUUUGUGAUUGACGCCGUGUACGCCAUGGCCCACGCUCUCCACAACAUGCAGAGGGACUUGUGUCCCGAUCAUCCUGGCGUUUGUCCACAAAUGGAGACUGCCGAAGGGAAGACGCUGCUCAAGUACAUACGAAACACCAGCUUCAACGGCAGUGCCGGCACCUCUGUUGUGUUUAACAAGAAUGGCGAUGCUCCAGGACGCUAUGACCUGUUCCAGUUCCAGAUGACCAACUCCUCCACCCCAGAGUACAAGGUGGUAGGACAGUGGGUGGAGACCCUUCAGCUCAGGCUGGAGGAGCUUCAGUGGCCAGAUGGGGAGCAGGAGGUGCCUAUCUCUGUGUGCAGCCUGCCCUGCAAAACAGGAGAGAGGAAGAAGAGGGUAAAGGGCAUGCCGUGCUGCUGGCACUGCGAGCUGUGUGAUGGCUACCAAUACCAGUACGACGAGACCUCCUGUAGACUGUGCGCCUACAACAUGAGGCCCAACCCCAACAGGACCGCCUGCCAGCCCAUCCCCAUAGUCAAGCUGGAGUGGCACUCGCCGUGGGCAAUUAUCCCCGUCUUCUUGGCAAUGCUUGGCAUCAUCGCCACCAUCUUUGUAAUGGCGACCUUCGUACGCUACAACGACACGCCCAUCGUGCGGGCGUCCGGCCGAGAGCUGAGCUACGUGCUGCUAACUGGCAUCUUCCUGUGUUACAUCAUCACCUUCCUCAUGAUCGCCAAGCCUGACGUAGCCGUGUGUGCCUUCAGGAGGAUCUUCCUGGGCCUGGGCAUGUGCAUCAGCUACGCUGCACUGCUGACCAAGACCAACCGCAUCUAUAGGAUCUUCGAGCAGGGCAAGCAGACGGUCACGGCCCCGCGCUUCAUCAGCCCCACCUCCCAGAUCGCCAUCACUUCCAGUCUGAUCUGCGUGCAGCUGCUGGGCGUGCUGGUGUGGUUCGCAGUGGACCCUCCAAACACCAUUGUCGACUACGAUGAGCAGAAAACGAUCAACCCCAUGCUGGCCCGAGGCGUGCUGAAGUGUGACAUCACAGACCUGCAGAUAAUCUGCUCACUGGGCUACAGCAUCCUGUUGAUGGUGACCUGCACCAUCUACGCCAUCAAGACUCGGGAUGUACCAGAAGACUUCAAUGAAGCCAAGCCCAUUGGCUUCACUAUGUACACCACUUGCAUAGUCUGGCUGGCCUUCAUCCCGAUCUUCUUUGGCACAGCCCAGUCGGCAGAGAAGCUGUACAUUCAGACAACGACCCUGACCAUCUCCAUGAACCUCAGUGCCUCAGUAGCACUGGGCAUGCUCUACAUGCCCAAGGUGUACAUCAUUAUCUUCCACCCUGAGCUCAACGUACAGAAGAGGAAGCGUAGCUUCAAGGCUGUUGUCACAGCUGCCACAAUGUCAUCGCGUCUGUCCCAGAAGCCCAGUGAGAGGCCCAACGGAGAGGCCAAGACUGAGCUGUGCGAGAACCCCGCUGCUGACCCCAUGAGUCAGGCAACCAAGAAAACAUACGUGAGUUACAACAACCUCAGGAUCUGAUCUGCUUGAAAAUGAGCGGUGUUUGUCCUUUAUCUGUGAUUGAAAUGGGAAGCUCGAGUGGCACAGAGAGAGAGAGACAGGCGAGCGAGCACAGGCAUCCCAGCACCACCUGCAGUACCUAUGCACUCCAGGACUGUGGAUUGCAUCCGACCUUCAUCCAGACAUGAUACAUGAGUCCUGACAGAGACUAGCACAGCUGUAGGCCAGUGUGGCUGGGUCGGCCUCACAGACCGAACUGUAGGUUUUCCAAACUUGUGUUGUGGCCCCUCCUUUCUCUCCAAACAGAGAACAACUUGCCUGCUAAAAAGGGGUCACUGUGAACGAGGACGACCGCAAACAAACAAAAAAAAUGAUUAAAAAAAAAAAAAGGGACGGUGGAUCUGCUUUCAAGAUAUUUUCUUUUGAAAUGUCAUUAAAGCCAUAUUCUCUUGGGGUUCCCAUUAUCUGAUUUUCUGUUUUGUAUUGUUUUUAAGUGAUUUUUUUUCUUCUGUGCCUCUUUUUCUCUUGCAGUUGAUUUAAUUACCUUGAACAGCAAGCUCUGCCACACACAGUAUUUUCGUUUUACCGACUCGAAUCAGUCCCAGAUGAUUACUAUGUUAGAGUGAUGGGCAUUGUAAGUAUAUUUUUUUUGUAAAUAUUUGAGAGUAUUUUCAUGUUUGGAGUACAAAAAAAUAAAUAAAUAGAUAUCCAGUCUUUGUUGAUUUGGGGUUUGGAUGGUAAUGAAAAGCACCACAAAGUGUUCACUUUGCAUGUGCCAAUGUAUGUCUGUUCUAUUUGAUGUAAACAAACGAACAAAAAAAAAAAAGAGAAAUAAAUUCUGAAAAAUGAUAAUGAGCUUCAGCAUCCUUCUGCAGUUUGUUUUUUCUUUACCAGAACUGAACUUCAUUGAAUGACAGAAUAUGGCUUUAAUCUGUUGUUGACUUGACCCCCACCCGCUGUUCCCGCAAGCAUGUUUGUUUUAUAUAGUUUUCGUAUUGGGUCUAUAUUGCCUACUUAUGGUGUGGGAAGCAUUAAUAUCAGAGCAAAUCAUGCAAGUAUGUUGUGAUGUCUGUCAAAUUAUGAACAUGUAAUAAAAACCAUUUUGUUAUCUUUUCUACAAUUAAACCAGGCAGCAGAUCAUCAGUUCUU